CCAUUCAAGAUGACUUCAAAUGAUGCAUCAGCAUGUCCUGUCGAUCAUGAAACACGAUCAGCAUGGCUUGCACAACAGAAAGGCGAUCAGCAUAAAGCACCCGGGCAUUUAUCAACAGAUCGAGUGAUUUCAUCUAUACCUCGAUUUGGCGCAAGUGCAAAGGAUGACAGCAGUCAAUCAGCACCCGUUGAUCCUUCAACACAAGCUAAUUGGGUUUAUCCUUCGCCGGCUCAAUUCUACUCAGCAAUGGCACGAAAGAAUCAUAAUCCCCAAGAGCAAGAUAUGAAUGUGGUCGUACCUAUUCAUAAUGCAGUAAAUGAACGUGCUUGGCAACAGAUCUUACAAUGGGAACGAAUUGCCGACAAGGGAAAGAGUUAUCAAACCUGUGGAGGGCCACAACUUGUGAGCUUUAAAGGCAAGCCACAAGAGCUAACCUGGCGAGCUUGGUUCAAAACAUUUCUAGGGUAUGAAAGACCGUUUGAUAGACAUGAUUGGGAGGUGGAUCGAUGCGGAAAAAGGGUUAGAUAUAUCAUUGAUUUUUAUAGCGGAAGAAGUGAUAUGAAAGGUUUGGCUUUUUAUCUGGACGUUAGACCAGCACCUUCAGAUUGGGAAGGGAUACGGAUGCGUUUCUUGCGUUUUUGGUCAAGACCGCCACAACCUCCAAAACAGCAAUAACUAUAACAAUGUAUCAUUACUGUAUUAUAAACCAUCUGUCCAAUCUUCUCGAUUUUUUCGACUGCUUCGAUCUGUAGGGACCUGAUUGAGAUCUAUCUUUGUUCGUUUUUGUUUUUCCCUAUAUUUUGC